AUGGGCUUUGAGAACAGCACCGGCGCCAGAGCGCUAACGCCGUGGGGGGCGCCCGGUCUUGCUUUCCAGAAGGAGCCAUUUGCUGUUGGAGACCCACAAUCCAUGCAUAACCUCUCUGCUCAGCCUUGGCAGAUGAAGAUGGCCAACCUUACCUAUGACAACUUCACCAAUGGCAACCGAUCUGAAGGGGACAUGCAGCAUCCUUCCAACCAGUACAAAACAGUGGAGCUGGUCUUCAUUGCCACGGUAACCGGCUCACUCAGCCUGGUCACUGUGGUGGGGAACAUCCUGGUCAUGCUGUCCAUCAAAGUGAACCGCCAGCUCCAGACUGUGAACAACUACUUCCUUUUCAGCCUGGCCUGUGCUGACCUGAUCAUCGGGGUCUUCUCCAUGAACCUCUACACCGUCUAUAUCAUCAAAGGCUAUUGGCCGCUGGGGGCCGUGGUGUGUGACCUCUGGCUGGCGCUGGACUAUGUGGUGAGCAACGCCUCUGUCAUGAACUUACUCAUCAUCAGUUUUGACCGGUACUUCUGUGUCACCAAGCCCCUGACCUACCCGGCUCGAAGGACCACCAAAAUGGCAGGGCUGAUGAUUGCAGCAGCUUGGAUAUUGUCCUUUGUUCUCUGGGCACCUGCCAUCUUGUUCUGGCAGUUCAUCGUUGGGAAGAGGACAGUCCCGGAGCGGGAGUGCUACAUCCAGUUCCUAUCUAAUCCGGCUGUGACCUUUGGCACGGCCAUCGCUGCUUUCUACCUCCCGGUGGUCAUCAUGACUGUGCUGUACAUUCACAUCUCGCUGGCCAGCAGGAGCAGAGUGAGAAGGCACAAGCCCGAGGGCAAGAAGGAGAAGAAGACUAAGCCACUCAGCUUCUUUAAGAGCCCACUGAUCAAACAGAACAACAACAACUCUCCCAAGAGGGCGCUGGAGGUGAAGGAGGAGGUGAGGAAUGGUAAAGUGGAGGACCAACCCUUAGCACAGACAGAGGCUGCAGGUCAGCAAGAGGAGAAGGAGACCUCCAAUGAAUCCAGCACAGUCAGCAUCACCCAGACCACAAAAGAGAAACAGGUGGCAGAAAUCUUACCAGCUGGGCAAGGGCAGAGCCCUGCCCACCCGCGGGUUAACCCGACCUCCAAGUGGUCCAAGAUUAAGAUUGUCACCAAGCAAACUGGUACUGAAUGCGUCACAGCCAUUGAGAUUGUCCCAGCUAAGACAGCGGCCAACACCCUCUCAAACAAUCGCCCAGCCAACGUUGCCAGGAAGUUUGCUAGCAUUGCCAGGAGUCAGGUGCGGAAGAAGCGUCAGAUGGCAGCCCGGGAGAAAAAAGUCACCAGAACCAUAUUCGCCAUCCUGCUUGCCUUCAUUCUCACAUGGACUCCUUACAAUGUCAUGGUCCUUAUUAACACCUUCUGCGAGACCUGCGUACCCGAGACAGUGUGGUCUAUUGGGUACUGGCUCUGCUACGUCAACAGCACCAUCAACCCAGCCUGCUAUGCCCUCUGUAAUGCCACUUUCAAGAAGACCUUUAAGCACCUUCUCAUGUGCCAGUACAGGAACAUUGGCACAGCUAGAUAA